AUGAAUUAAAUAAAAAGUUCUAAGAUAUGUUCAUAUAUCGUAAAGAAGCUUUCAAAAAAUUUGUCAAUUGAGGAAAUAACUGUUUACCUUGCUUAAAAUAAUCAAAAAGAGUAUUUGCUUAACUAUUUUUAGGUUAGAAGAAAUGAAAUUUUAUAAAAGUAAAAAUAGAUUGUAAGCAUCGGAAACUUAAUUAUAUGAUUAAUCGUUAGAAGAAUUGAAUUCUUAAAAACAUCGUAUUAAGUCAAAAAAUUAUGAAAUGAUGUUAAAUUUUCUAGAAGGAUUGUAACCAAUUUAUAAGAUUGGAGAUUCGAUGCAGAAAAUAGUACACUUAGAGAAAAUCAUCUUAGGAGAAGAUAAUUAAACUGAAAUAUAAGAGAAUGCAACAUUAGAGAUAGAAGGAGGAAUAGUUUAUAUAAUUAGCUUAUGGGUAAUAGAAUUUAAAUUAUUAUAGGAUAAUAUUAUAAAAGAAAAUGAAGGACCUUUAGAUGAAGUUUAACAAUUAUAUCAAAUCAAAACAGAAUGGAAAAAUAAAGUCAAACUUAUAUCAAUUUCUUUAAAAUCUUAAUCAAAAAAAAUGAUUGAAAUAAUUAAUUAAAAGAAAUGGAAAUGCUUUGAACAUUAUAGAAUUUAAAAAUAUGGAAAAGUGCCUAAUAAAUUUCUAAGUAUGUUAAAUUAUGAGGAUUUGCCAUAUGUAGUAAUAAUUGGCAAAAAUGGUAAAAUAGUUCAUAUAGGAUUUCACUUUGAAGUUGUAUUAGAAGAUAUUAUCACAUAAGAGUUACAAAAAGAGGAAGAAAUAACUCCUUAAUAAUAAGAAAUAAAUAAUAAUAAUUUGGAAAAAAGUUAAUUGUAUUAACAGAUAAUAAAUGAGAUUUAAUAAGAUAAACAAGAUUAAAAUAUUUAAAUUAUUUAAUAAUCAAUUUCUAAUGAAAAUUAAGAUGUCUAAGUAAGUUAACUUUAAGAUUAAUAAUCGGAGGUAGAUUAAGAUAAUAAAGAUAAGUAAUUAUCUGCUGAAAAAUAAAUUCCAGAUUAAUAAAAAAUCUCGAAAUAGGAAAAUAAUAAAAAGGAUGUACAAUAAGAGAAUGCCUAAAAAAUGAUAAAAGAACAAUUAAAAGUUUAAAAACAAUAACUUAAAGAUAUUUAAGAAAUUCUCAAAUCUUUUAAUUUUGAAGGCAAUCUUUCUAUUAGCCUAAUUAGAACAAGAAAAUUAGAAAAAGCUAACAAAUUUAAGAUCGAAUAAAUUUCUGAAUUUGAGUUAAGUUAUUCUGUUUCUAAUAAUGAUUUAGAUUAAUUAGAAAGUUUUAUUGAUUAAGUUUGGAAUUAAAUACCUGAACCUUUGAGAAGGAUAAAACAAUCAGAUGUGUAUAACUAAAGUGUGAAUUUGGUAGAUAUUUAAAAAAAAAUUCGAAUAAUUUUUAAAAACUCAGGGAAAAUAAGAUACCCAGAAACAAUUAAUAUUGUAAUAAUUUGGGAUAGAGAUCUUGAAAAAAUGGUGAUUAGUGAAAAAAAGGGUUUUACUGUUUCUAUCUCUGAACUUAGUCUUGCUUAAUUUUAUGAAGGCAUUUAAGAAUCAAAUCUACAUUUUUCCUAAUUAAAUGAAAAUGAGAAUUACAGUUAUAUAAUUAAUAAACUAAUAAAUUAAAUACGUUUAUCAGUUACCUUAGGCCCAGGAAAAAAAUUUGUACCAAUAUUAAAUUAUAAAAAAUAUGGAGCUGAUGAGAAGUCAUAAAUUAAUCAUGAAUAAGGAUAAGUAUUAGUAAUCUUUUAUUGGACAUGUAAUAAUGAUUGCAUUAAUUUACUUAAAAAUUUAGAAUAAAUUCUUUUAAAAAAUAAUGAAUCUUGGGGUAAAAAUGUUAAUUUUGUGGCUUUAAAUACUGGAGAAGAAAAAGAAUAUUAAUAAUUUAUGGAAUAAAAUGAAUAAUUUAAAAAUGUUAUGAAUAUUUACCACAAGAAAGAGAUUGUUUUAGGUGAUACAUAUUUAUAUGGUGCUACUCAUGUUCCAUAUUUCGUAAUUGUUGAUAAAUUAGGAGUGAUAAGAUAAAUUAAUAUCCCUUUAAAUAUAGAGAAUUCAAUAAAUAAAGUAGUUAAAGAGGGAAAUGUAUAAUAUCCAUAAAUAUUUAAAAUAUAACGUCAGAGUGUGAAUUUAAUAAAGAAAAAAAUAGGAAAUCAAGAUAUUAAAAAAUAAUUAUCAUCAUUUGAUAAAGAUAGAAUUAUUGAUUUAAGAUUAGAAUUUGAGGCAUAACAAAUAGGCAAAGAUUUAGAAUUUCAAAAAGCAUACUUAAAUUACUUUAUUAGAGAUAAAUAAGAGGAAGAAUUCAAUAAAUUAUUAAUUCAAUUAUUUUAAGUGAUUCCUGAACAUUGUUGGAAUAUUAAUAAAUAAAUAUCAAAAACAAUUUCCAUUAAAUAUCCUGGAAAUAUAUGUGCAGUAUGCUAAUAAGAUAUUUCUUCAGAACCUAAAUAAUAUUAUUGUUAUUUUAAAAAUGAGUAUGUCUGUGUUUAAUGUGCAGAAUUUACUGAUUUAUCAAAAAAAGGAAUGGAUAUUUAUAAAUAUUAAGAUACUUUGAUUUUUAUUAAUGGACCUCUCCAAGAUGAAUCUGUCUUACAAGACAUUGAUUCACAUAAAAUUGGAAAAAAUAGAAAACUUAAAGAAGGAGAGGAUGAUUCACUAAAAUUUAAUUUUAUCUGUAAUGGUUGCAAUAAUAGUCAACAUGAGGGGCCUAGAUAUAUAGCUGUAAAUGCACGACCAGGAAAGUAUAGAGGAACUGUAUUUAAUAUUAAUUAGUUUAGGGUUAUCUUGAUUACUGCUAAUAAUGCUUUUAAGUUUUGAAAAACAAAGAUUCUAUUGAAGCAAAGAAAAUCAUUGAAAAAGAUGUUGCUGAAGGAAUGAAUUCAGAUAACCUUUUUACGAGAGUUCUUUUUUGGUAUGGAAAAUAUAGUGAAUUUUGAAUAUCAAUUAUAAACAAUUGAAAUGUAAUUUAAAGUCAUUUAUAACUUUCAAUGAGUAUUAAUUAUCAAUAAUAUUCGAGAUAAAUACUUUUAGUUAUUAUAUCUAGUAUUUUUUAUAUAGAACUAUAAAAAAUGUAUUUCUUUAAUUACUAUUAUUAU